AUGCCUAAGCUGGAGGAGACCUAUAUCGAUUCUAUAUACCCCAAUAUCCACAAGGACAACAACGUUAUCAAGAAGUUUAUCACGCAAAUCACAUCUGUCAAGCGGCUUUCAUUAUGCUUAGCAAUCUUCGGCGAGGUUAUAUAUGGUGAUAGUAUUGUCUUCAAUCAGCUUGAAUAUUUCACUAGAUCAGGUUCAUGUGGAAAAACCUGGUCAAACUUACUUGUCCGGUUGCUCAAAGAUUCUCCUAAAUUACAAGAACUGGAGAUCUACGAUAGUUAUGAACAUAUUCAUUAUGGUGUUAGUGAGAAUCCUUGGGUGUGCUUGGAGAAUAAUGUUCCUCAAUGUUUGUUGUGGAGUCUCCAAACUUUCAAGUGGACAGGGAUCAAUGGAUCGCAGAAAGAUAUUGAUCUAGUGAAAUAUAUCUUGAGGAUUGCUAGCUGCUUAAAGACCGCUACAAUCUUGGGACUCUCAUCGCAUGAUCCAAAGAAAAAACUUGACGUGAUCGAGGAGUUGUCACUUUCUUCCAGAGCUUCAACAUCUUGCCAACUCAAGUUUUUUGCAAGGACUUAA